UCUUAGCUUGAAGCUACACCACACUUCUUCCAUGAACUUUAUCCCUUUCUCUUAAAUCAUUAACUGGGAUAAUCCAUCUACCACUUUUCAGUGGCUCUGGUUAUAUACUAUAAUUAUCUAUAUUUUAUUAUCUGACACUAAGCCCUCGGAAUUUAUAUCUGACACACAUUGCACAGUCUUCACUUGUAUCACUGUGGGCACAUUUAUUUCAAACUUAGGCUCAACUCCACGGAGCCCACCAUCAAAUCUUCUUCAAACAACUCUCGAUUAAGUGUCCAGGUUAAGACUUGAGAACUUUGUCCAUAAGUUGCUACUUCAGCCCUCUUUGUGUUGGGUAAUAUUUGUAAGAGGGUGAUUACUGAUUAGUACAUUAUGGCACCAAAAGCAUUAGACUAUGAGUCACUGAACGAAAACGUGAAGAAAGUUCAAUAUGCUGUUAGAGGCGAGUUGUAUCUUCGAGCUUCUGAGCUUCAGAAGGAAGGGAAAAAGAUUAUUUUUACAAAUGUUGGCAACCCUCAUGCCCUCGGACAGAAGCCAUUGACCUUUCCUCGGCAGGUGGUUGCUCUUUGCCAGGCUCCAUUUUUACUAGAUGAUCCGAAUGUAGGAUUGCUUUUCCCUGCAGAUGCAAUUGCAAGAGCUAAACAUUAUCUUUCACUGACUACAGGGGGUCUAGGUGCUUACAGCGAUUCUAGAGGUCUUCCUGGAGUAAGGAAGGAGGUAGCAGAGUUCAUUGGAAGGCGUGAUGGUUAUCCAAGUGAUCCAGAACUCAUAUUUCUCACUGAUGGUGCUAGCAAGGGAGUGAUGCAGAUUUUAAAUUGUGUUAUCCGUGGCGAAGGGGAUGGGGUUCUGGUUCCAGUUCCACAGUACCCACUAUACUCAGCUACAAUUUCUCUAUUAGGUGGUUCUCUUGUUCCUUAUUACCUAGAGGAGACAGCAAAUUGGGGACUUGAUGUUAAUGACCUUCGCCAGUCGGUUGUACAAGCUCGUUCUAGAGGAAUCACAGUAAUAGCAAUGGUUAUUAUUAAUCCUGGCAACCCAACUGGCCAGUGUCUUAGUGUAGCCAAUCUAAGAGAAAUAUUGCACUUCUGUUACCAAGAAAACUUAGUCUUACUUGGAGAUGAGGUUUAUCAGCAGAAUAUUUACCAGGAUGAGCGCCCCUUCAUCAGUUCUAGGAAGGUGCUAAUGGAUAUGGGGCUGCCCUUCAGCAAAGAGAUUCAGCUUGUUUCUUUCCACACUGUUUCCAAAGGAUAUUUUGGUGAAUGCGGGCAGCGGGGUGGAUACUUUGAGAUGACUAAUAUUCCUCCAAAGACAGUUGAUGAGAUUUAUAAGAUUGCAUCAAUAUCACUGAGUCCAAAUGUCCCAGCACAGAUAUUUAUGGGAUUGAUGGUCAAUCCACUCAAGCCGGGAGAUAUUUCAUAUGAACAGUUUGUUAGGGAAAGUAAAGGGAUCAUUGAAUCACUGAGGAGGAGAGCAAUGAUGAUGACUGAUGGAUUCAACAGCUGCAGAAAUGUGGUUUGCAAUUUCACUGAAGGUGCAAUGUAUUCAUUCCCUCAAAUACGCUUGCCUCCAAAAGCAAUAGAGGCUGCCAAACAAGCUGGAAAAGUUCCUGAUGUUUUCUACUGUCUCAAGCUUUUGGAAGCUACUGGCAUUUCCACUGUCCCUGGUUCAGGAUUUGGACAAAAAGAAGGGGUCUUCCACUUGAGGACAACCAUUUUACCAGCUGAGGAAGACAUGCCUGAAAUCAUGUCCAGUUUCAAGAAGUUCAACGAUGAGUUCAUGGAGCAAUAUGAAGACCAUUGGGGCUAUUCAAGAAUGUAAGGAAUGUCUCAUAUUCCCAGAAACAGUACUAUAUUUUCUGCUAAGCAAGCCAUUAAAAAUGCUUGUAAACCCUUAAUCCUGCUUGGCUAAAACUUCAGUAAGUUGAAGAUUGACUAUGUAUAUUUGUUUUACCUCUUGUUGUUCCCAUCUACUAUAAAUUAUGGUUUUAUUGGCUCUCAAA